UGGUAAUUGCUCUGACAUAUCAAUUUUCCUAUAUAAUUUCUUUGCUUCAGUUUCUUGGUUUAUGAAUGAAUGCUGCUAAGCAACAGAGACAGAUUAUGAUUUGCCUAUAUCAGCAGUCUUGUAGUUGCUAAAAACUGGAGUAGACAGCCCAGGAUGUUCCACCAGCUCUGUUGUUGUGUGGCAUUUAAACACUUACCGAAUACAUUGCACCAGAUGCUUGCUGAUCUUGCUUGCAUUCCCAACAUUGAACAGGGACCGAACAUUAAACAGCAUAUUUACCGAAUGCUAAGAUAUAGUUAUAGUCACCUUGUUAAACUUAGGUGAAAUAGUGAAUGCAUUCAGUGAAAGAGCAAAGGUAAAACUAUCACGAGACAGUGCUAUCUCUAGCAGUUGUGAGAUCUGCUCAGGAAUUCACGGUAUGUAAUCUUAUGCAAAUACUAUGGAUAAGUGUCAUUAGUUAGGAGAGUUGCGAAACCCAUGGGUUUUGUCCUUAAACACACAGCAAAAUCUACAGCCCAGUCGAGGCAUUUACUAGGCUGCCAAAGGUCUUCUCAUGGGCCCCUCCCUCCUCUCCACCACAGAGAGACCUACAUGUGAUGCCAGGUACUGAGUACAGACACCAAGUCUUACAGGUGUGAUGGACUUGCUGCACACAAACUCAUAGCCUUUGUUGUUGCUGAUGAUCUAAGCUACAGUCAGCUCCAGGUCUUGUUUUUGCUGACUGUAUUGAGCUUCUCCAUCUUUGGCUGCAGAGAAUAUAAUCAAUCUGAUUUCGAUGCUGCCCAUCUGGUGAUGUCCAUGUGUAGAGUUGUCUCUUGUGUUGUUGGAAAAGAGUGUUUGUGAUGACCAACUUGUUCUCUUGGCAGAACUCUAUUAGCCUUUGCCCUGCUUCGUUUUGAACUCCAAGGCCAAACUUGCCAGUUGUUCCUUUUAUCUCUUGAUUCCCUACUUUAGCAUUCCAAUCCCCUAUAAUGAGAAGAACAUCCUUCUUUGGUGUCAUUUCUAUAAGGUGUUGUAAGUCUUCAUAGAAUUGGUCAAUUUCAGUUUCUUCAGCACCGGUAGUUGAUGCAUAAACUUGGAUUACUGUGAUGUUAAAAGGUCUGCCUUGGAUUCGUAUCGAGACCAUUCUAUCAUUUUUGAGAUUGCAUCCCAGUACAGCUUUGGCCACUCUUUUGAAUCAUAGCCUUACAGAAACCCAAUUCAUGCAGUCUUCUUUCCUCUCUCCUAUUUAUGGGGGAUAACUAUUAUAUGAAUUAGGCAUUUAUUUAUUUUUUAGAUUUUUAUUUAUAUGGAAAAAAUAUACAUCAAAAAGAAAGCAAAUUGAGGAACUAUUCCAUGUUUUUAAAAGGCUAACAUUCAAUAGGUGCAGCUUCUUCCAUAGCUAAAGAUAGAUACCGGUAUAUUUAGCCUGGGGGUAGGACUAUAGGACCUAUCGGGAUCCCUUCCAACUCUAUGAAUCUGUGAGUCUUCGAUUUCCAACAGUUGGCCAAAGAAAGCCAAUAUUCCACAGUGCUUCGGACUAAGGAGCCUUUGCCCAAUUCCUGCUAACCUUUGAAACUCUCCGGGUGACCCUGGGCUCAACAACUUUGUCUGUCCCAAAAAGGUGGGAGUUCCUGCACUUCUUUUUCUAGGAAAAAAGAGCGCUGGUUGUGAGGAUAACAUUGGCACAGCGAACAAUGAUCUAACGGGAGGUAUAAACGUGUAAUAAAUGAAAUGCCCUUGGAAAGUUUCCAAGUGGGAAUGCCCCCCUGUUCUCGGUGCCCACCAUUUUGCAAUGCUCAUGGAGGAGUCUUGCUAAUUGCUAAUUGAACUAUUCAGGCGGUAACUUUCGUAAAAGCAAUAUUUUGAGGAGGGUUUUUUGUUCCUUUGUUUUUUAAAAAGAAAACCUCUAUGGUAUUUGGAGAUGACGCUCUACGCCGGCUUGCAGGGGACUCUCUAUGGUCGCUUCUCUAGCGGCCUCCGUUGCUAGUGGCAGGCGGUUUGUUUACUUCCGGGAGCCAGGCUGCUCGCGCUUCCUUCUGUCUCCUAGGCGCCUCCCCCUCGAGCCUGUCAUGGGGGAGGCCGAGGAGCAGGUGCCCGGUGAGUCCCAGUCCCGUCCCCCCCUCGUCUCGGGAAGCUAGUUGGUUGGUGCCGGCGCCCCUCGCUUGCUUCUGUCGUCAUCGGCGGGCCCCGCGAGGCGAGCGCGCGGCAGGUUCCCCGCCGCCUCCCUGUUGUUUUUCUCUCCUCUCCCCCCACUUUGCUCUUUAUUUCCUCCGUAUUGCAUGGUAGAGGCAGGGAGAAGCGGGGAAUUUGCUUCAGACUCAGGAGAGUUUGAACCCAUUCCUAGCCCGUGCUUGCCCUGAAGUAAGUCCCAUUUACUUCUUGGGGGACUUAUUUCCAAGUAAGUAAAACGCCCUCAAUGUGUUUCAGCCCCAUUAUGCAGAGUGGCACAUUGUAUUUCAGGGCAUUAUUUUUAGGCCACAUGUUUCAUUCCAGAUGAGUGAGGAAAAUGGUUAAAAGGUCAGAUAUAGGGCCUGUCACACACUUCUUCAUGUAGUGUACAGUGGUACCUCAGGUUACAUAUGCUUCAGGUUACAUACGCUUCAGGUUACACACUCCGCUAACCCAGAAAUAGUGCUUCAGGUUAAGAGCUUUGCUUCAGGAUGAGAACAGAAAUCGUGCUCCGGCGGCAGCAGGAGGCCCCAUUAGCUAAAGUGGUGCUUCAGGUUAAGAGCAGUUUCAGGUUAAGAACGGACCUCCGGAACGAAUUACCGUAAGUACUUAACCCGAGGUACCACUGUAUACUCAAACUCGGAACUCACUCCCACAGCAGGCAGUGUGACUGGGAAGGCUUUAAAAAAAAGAAAGAAUUGGACACAUUCAAGGAGGAUAUGUCUAUUCAUGGCUACUAGCCAGAACGACUAGGCUCUGAAUACCAGUUACUGGAAACUGCAGAAGGGGAGAGUGCUCUUCUCCCUGGGUCCUGCCUGCCAGCUUCCCACAGGUUGGCCACUGUGAGAACAGGACGCUGGACUAGAUGGGUUAUUGGCCUGAUCCAUCAAGCUCUUAAAAUGUUCUUAUUUGCAAAGACUCGUUGAAUUAAAGUGUUAAAAGUAACUGGUACCCACUUUUUUUUAUUUUGGCCUCACCUGCUCCCAGGAAAACUUUUUAACAGAGCGAUACUAUUAAUGCGCACCCAGAAGCAACUCUCAUAAAAGUUCAGUAGGGUUUGCUCUGAGGUAACUGUUUAGGAUUGCAGCCUUUGGUUGUUUUCUUGCUACUUGUGUUUCCAAUUUUAAAUAAGGAAUCUCACCUUGUACCUAACAGCGCUGCUUGUCAUAUGACUAUCUGAAAAAGUAUUUGGACAAUUUAAUAAAAUAUUUGUCUCUAUAUUAGCAGAACUUCAGACACCAAGGGCAGAAAAGUACACCCUAGGAUUUUGGAAUCUUAAAAUACCUGAAGGGCUGUUAUAUAGUUGUGUGUUUUCCCCUGUUCCAGCUUGUAGGUUGCAACCAAUUGGUUCAAAUUACAAGAACAUUUUAGAUUAAACAUAAGAAGAACUUCCUAACAGCAUGAGCUGUUCAGCAGUAGAGCAGACUGCUUCUAAAGGUGAUACACUUUCCUUUUUAGAGAUUUCUAAGCAGAAGGUGAGUGUGCCAUAGCAGUGAAUUUCCUGCAUCAGGACCAAGCUGAACUAGAUUACUUCUGAGGUUUCUUCCAGAUGCCAUUCUCUCAGAAAGAAUGCUGUUAGGAGUAAAGUAUGAAAUAGAAUUCAAUAUUUACUCUAUUUUUUCCCCUUUUUUAAGAAUCAGGUGCUGUAUUCACAUUUGGAAAAAGCAAAUUUGCCGAUAAUGUGCCUAGCAAGUUUUGGUUUAAAAAUGACAAGCCUUUUCACAUAUCAUGCGGAGAUGAACAUACUUCUGUUGUAACAGGUUAGUGUUUUUCUUUUAAUUACUUGCUGUAGCAGCAUUUCAGGAAAAACAAGUUAGCAUUGUACUAGUAUUUUAACAAAUUCAAAAUAUUUUAUUGUGAAGGUUCCUGUCCUGAUCACACUGUGGUAGCAGUCUGAACCCACUUACUUGAGAGCAAGACCUAUUGUAUCCAGUAGGAUAUACUUAGAAGAAAGAAUGCAUUGAAUUGCACUAUGAAGGCCCAGUCCUGAGGCAGACUUGGAUGUUAUACAGAAGUAAUUAUGUUUGCAAGAUGGUAACAUGACCUUCCUGUGUUUGUGAAAUGGAGAAAAAGAACAAAGAUAUAUUUAUAUGUAUAUGUAUAUGUAUAUGUACACACACACACACAAACUCAAUAUAAGAUACUCCCAUACAUUCUUAUUUAAAUUUAUAUAGUGUUAUUAUGUAAACGUGAAAUGGAAAUUUAGGUGUCUUUUCAUGCUGAGAUACAUGCCAUGAGCUUUGUUUGCAUCUUCCUGGUCUAAAAACUUUAAAAUGUAUCAUAAAAAAGCUGUUUCUUGAUUAAUUCAAAAUUCAGUUUCUUGGUGAUUUACUUUAUAUAUAUUUAUCCAGUAUUUUCUAUCAUCAAGAGAAGGGAGGCUUCUGAGAGCAGCUUGCAAUCUCAGGAAACAAUAAGCAAUAAAGCAAUAGUUGUUACUCCUAAAGUAAAUUUCACAAGAUCCUUGAAAUUGUAUACUUGGUGAUAAUACCAAAAUUCAGCAGCAACUGAAGCCAUGCAGUUUACAAGUCAUCAUUAACCCAGGACUAGAACUGGCUGAAAUAUGAUGAUCAAAGACUUAAAAACAAAUAAUGAUGUUCAAAGAUCAUCUGAACAAUCUCUUUGGGAGACCAGUCCACUGGUAUCAAUUUUGAAAAAUACUUACAGUACAAUCCUUAUCCUGGAUCCACUGGCUGUUAAAGUAAGGUUAUCAGAUUUUUUUCCAAUGAAUCUGGGGACACUUUUCAAAUUCCUACUAAACAGAUGGAUUUUGUCAGAGGACUGUUUUGUAAAUCCGGGGACUGUCCCUGGGAAAUGUGGACGUCUGGUAACCUUAAUUAGAGUGGGGCGACUUUAUAAUUAUUGUCAGUCUGGAUAACUCAGUUAGAGCAUGGUGCUGAUAAUGCCAAGGUUGCAAGUUCGAUCUCUGUAUGGGACAGCUGCAUAUUCCUGCAUUUCAGGGGGUUGGCCCAGAUGAUCUUGAGGGUCCCUUCCAACCAUUGGAGCCAGCUCCACGGGGCCAUGGGUGCAUGGACACCCACAAUAAUGCAAUUGUGGGGGCUGGGCACCCAAAAAGGCAAUGAGAAAAGCCGGCAGGCGGCAGUGGCCCUGCCUCUGGGAGAAAAGCAGUUCAGCUCUGCCCUCUGCAGCCAGCAAGUGAGGCACCAUUUUGGGGGCAGGUGUCUCUGCCUCUGAGUCCGAGACCCUCACCAUGGAAAAGAGUGCCUAUCUGGCUGCAGAGAGGAGGAGCCACCGGCGCCCCCCACCGCAAUGCAGACGUGCAACAGCACACACACAUGUCUGCACAUAGUGUGUAUGACUUUGCACGUCUGCUUUGCUCAGCGGAGAUCCACAAUCCUGAGGGCGAGAUGGCACCCCUGCUUCCAGCUCUACAAUAUGAUUCUGUGUGUUUUUGUAAUAAUUUGCAGUAUAUGAAGCAUACAUGAUUAUUAUUUGAGCAGGGGAGGAUCAAUGGCAAAAGGCCAGCCAAAGUUAUUUCACAUUUUUAGAGAACCUUAAAGCAAACUCAUUGGUUAUCACCCCCCUUUUUUAAUAUAUUCUGUAGAAAAUGGUAAACUUUACAUGUUUGGAAGCAACAACUGGGGACAACUAGGAUUUGGAACAAGGAAUACUGUCAACAAGCCAACUUGCGUGAAAGGUUAGUCUCACAUAUGUGGUUUUAUAACAGAUGCCGUAAUUGAAAAUGAGUGGAAGAAUGAACUCAGUCGCUAAUACUUAUGGAGAUUCCCAACACCACUACUAUAAUAGCUCUCACUACAUUUGGAACAUAGGCACAGCUUUCAUAUGAGAACUCUUAACAGCUAUUGCCCCACUUUAUUUAAAAGAGAGAGAGAGAGAGAAAGGAAAACAAAAGGCUUUUGAGAAUUGAAAUAACCACAGUUAGAAUAUAACCACAGACAAAGCCUUUCAGCUACGAUUUAUGAAAUAGUAGAAAAAGCUAAAGAAGAAGACGAUACAUGCAAGUUUUUUUAGCAACAAAUAAACUUUACAAAGCAAGGGGGAGUUUCUUUUGUAGAAGGGUAAUGACACUGACAAAUUAUUUUCAUAUACAUUUUUUAUUUAAGACAAAGAAAAAACUAAAAUAGCUCUAACGCUUGACAAAAUGCAUAGUAUUUUUAUUUCUCCCAUCAUUUUAAGAUUUAAGGUAUUUGACAAUCCAGCGUUUUCUCCUGAAGUAUGGAAAUAAAUCUAUUUGAAAAUAUGCCUUCUUUUAUGUUACAAGCCCAUCCUAAAUAACAGGACAUGUGCUGUUUCCUGUGGUUUAAACUAAGAGGAUGAGGAGUGAAAAAUCAGUGUUUUGGUUCAUUUCUGGCCAGGAACGCUUAAGAAAGAGUAUCAGCCUUGAUUUACUCCCAGGUUAAGUGUGUAUAGGACUGCAGCCUUAAUGAUCCAUUAUUAUUAUAAAAAUGUCAUUGAAUUAGAAUAGGUUCUAUGGGCAAAUUUGCAAAAUGGAAAAACCGCAGCCAAUAAUACAUUGCAAACUAUUGUGUUGGUUGCUCUAGAAUGAGUUCAAACCUAAUUUCAGUGGCUAAUGCGCACCUGUGGGUCCCAUGCUGGUAACUUCUAGACUGGAGUAUGGAAGGUCUAUCUUUUUGCCAUUUUUCUGCUUACCACUGAUACAUAGUUAGUAGACAGUAUGUAAAGUUGGAGCUUAAUACAUUUAACAGUAUUUUUUUUUUUAAUGGUAACCACUGUCUAUUUAAUCCUCAGCUUUAAAACCAGAAAAAGUAAAACUAGCUGCUUGCGGGAGAAACCACACCUUGAUUUAUACAGGUACGUCAUCUAUAUUUGCACAUCAAAUAUCUUAUGGCUGCUUUCUGUGCACAUUCUAAGAAAUAGUCAGAACCUUAAAAAAACAAACAAACCCAUUAUGUGCACCUUUUAUAUUGAACAAGACACUUGGUCCAUAUGCUGUAAAAUGGCCAGAUUUGACUGGCUGCACCUUUCCUAAGGCCCGAGACAGCCUUGUCAUCUGAAAUUCAUUAACUAGAAAAUCCUGCGACUAAAUGUCAUCUGUAUGCAAGCAUAGUAUGUGAUCUACAUCUAAGUUGUGACCCUCCCUAAUCCUUACUGAAUAAUUUUCAACUAUCCUUAAUAGAGCUGAUUUUUUAAAAACAAUAUCUUGGAUAAGAUUUUGCUUAGCAGUAGCUAACCUGUUCAGUGUGGUUAACCCAAAUAAACCUCUGGUUACACAGAUCUUUCUGUGGAGAUGGUAAUAGCAAGGAAGUCAGCUGUUUUCUUAUUGUGAAUUCAGGUAGUAAAUCUGAUGCUGCCAUCCUACUGAGAUGGAAACAUUCAAGGUAGCUCCUGUCAAUAAAUUCCUGCAAGGCAUUUAUCAUUUAUAGGAAAUUCUCCUUUCCUUAUCACGGUAGAAUUUAAAGUCUUCAGUAAUAUUGUGAAAUGAAUAAUUUUGAAAAUAUUUAGAUCCGAUUGCCAUUCUUAUGUCUGUUUUCCCUUGUAAAUUAUGUACAUUUUUCAUUAAACAUGAAUUCAUUUUAAUCAGGACCAAAAGGUGUCAGGUUAAACAUGAGAAAGGCACAUGUUGUGGUUAAUUAAUUUAAUGCCCGUCAUUAACAUUUGUAGUUUGUAUGUUCGAGCAAGAUUGCAUUUAAUUAACUUUGGCCUGAGUACACAUGCUAAUUGAUUCUCAUUGCUAGCUGAGCCUUUACCUGUAGCGCAGGGGGGCUAACUUGUGAAUCUUCUGGUGUUGCGGAACUACAGCUUCCUCAGCCCCAUUGCAAAUUGUCUAUCUCCGAGGUUCUUUUCCUUUUGUUUAGAAGGGAAGGAAUAAAACAAGUCAUUCCUAAUUGUAAAUAUUGAUUUCCAGCCAUGAGCAGAAACUACUUUUACUAUGUUAUGCAUAUUCCAAUAGUAUAUUUUUGGAAUGUAGAAUCCUGCUGCAGAGCGAUGAUUCUUAAGAACUUAAAUAGGAAUUUCUACAGGCAGACUUUGAGCAUUUGAGGGCACCAGGGAUCGAACUUUUGUACAUGGGUGAAAAUAAACUUGAGCUGGUCUGAUUUUUUUAGGUUUUGCUGUUGCUUCAGAUGAGAGUGUGCUUAUUCUACAUGUGCUUUUCUGUGUGCAGAACAAGGAAAUGUAUAUGCUGCUGGAGGUAACAGUGAAGGGCAGUUGGGAUUAGGUGACACAGAGGAAAGAAGCACAUUUCAUCUAAUUAGUUUUUUUAGUAACCAGCACAAGAUCAAACAGCUGGCAGCUGGAUCCUACACGUCAGCAGCACUAACUGGUGAGCCCAACAGCUAACACAAAUGGUGUGUGUGUGUGUGUGUGUGUGUGUGUGUGUGUUUCCAAAAACAUCCUUACUUGGUUCCUAGUUCUUGACUGAAGUAUAUCAUUGAACAGCAAAUGCUUUGCUUUGCUUAACUCUUUGGAAAGUAUCCUGCCCUACAGUUAUUUAUUGGGUUUUCCUAUAAUUUUAGGGAAAAUUUUUGUGAGUAUCCAAAUAUUAUGAACCUCUUUAGGUGUAUAAUAGCAUAUAUUUAUAUUCAAGGGUGUCUUCGUAGGUCCUUUGUAGCUUGACAGUUUGACUACCACAGUCUCCUAGUUUUCACAUUGAACUGCUCCUAAAUGUAGCCAUUUUCUGUGUAAUUUAAUUUCAUUGCUGUCUUGAUUUAAGAGAGAAAUAAGUUUAGAUAGGAGGGCAUAGCAUUUAGCAAUCUGUUUCCAGAUACAACAUGUUGUUUCUUAUGUGGGGGGGGGGGGAAUCAUGGUUCCAGUGAAGUUUUUACUGUGAUUUUUGAAAUUCAGCUCUCUAGCAUUUCAUAUACUAUAUUACAAGAUGCUUUUAAAAUCCCCUCCACCAAAUUCCUAGGGUUUAAAACAUGCUAUGUUGUAUUGCAAGGACUGCAUUUCAGGAAUCACAAUAUUGAGGUGUUGCUGUAAAUUGGAAAUACCAUGUGUGGGGUGUGCUAGCUCCACAACCUCGUUCCAGUCGCCCUGCACAAUUUCAGUGGUGAGUGUCUCAUGGAGACUUCUGCAUGAUGUAGAAUGCUGGAAAGGAUUCUAAGCUGCAUGGGGAGCCCACAUGGGUAGAAGUAGGCUCUGUGCUUCGUACAGUUGCCCUCAAACAUGUGGAGGGAAAGGGGUUUUGCAAAGCACAGCAGCCAUGAUACAGUGGCCACGUAAGCCCUGAAUAGGACUUACAUGGCCACUAGAUCAUGGAUCCUGGGUUUUGUAAAGCCAACUUAUUUAAAUAAGUAAAUAAUACACUUACAAAACUCUCUUUUCUUUUAAGAGGAUGGACAGCUUUUUAUGUGGGGGGACAAUUCCGAAGGACAAAUUGGUUUGGCUGAUGAAGCUAAUGCAUAUGUUCCUCAUCAAGUGGAUGUUGGUAAACCCGUUUCCUGGAUCUCUUGUGGAUACUACCACUCCGCCUUAAUAACACGUAAGUGUGGAAAUCUGGAGAGAUGCAGAGGUGUGGUGUACUUUCAGUCAUUAAAUCCGAUUAUGCCCCUUAUAGUAGUUUGGGAUUAGAUUACCUGUCAUUACUUGGUUAAGAGUUUGGAUUCUGUUUUUGCUUGGAUAUAUGCUACUAAUUUGGUGGUGGUCAGACUCAUAUAAAGUAUUGAUCAUGAACCUAUUAAUCUCUGCAAAAAUGGUUUGGGCUUAUUAUUUGGGAAAAACAUAAUCCUUAACAUACUGAUAGCUGAGAUAAAUAAACUGACAGUUUCUGUACAUAGAAGGUAUGGAUUUUGAGCAUUAACUACUGUAGUGGGGAAAUGGUAAUGGAAUUUAUUGACUGUUGGAAUAAGAUCAGUAGUCAUAUAAAGCUGGUAAUGAAUUUAUUUCUGUAAUCUGAUCUUUCUGCAAUUUGUGCAGAGUUGUUGCAAUAUAGUUUGAUGUUGAUGAUGAUGAUGAAUAAGCUAAUCUAGUGAUGGACCUGUAAUCUAAAAAUAAAGUGGUGGUGUGUUUAAGUUUAAAUACAGCCCUGUCUUAUUCAUUUGUCAUAAAGGAGACACGCAAAAAAAUACCUCUUUUCUCCUAGCCUUAGUCUCAGUUUUGCUGCUUUGUUGUUUUCUUACAGGAGAUGGAGAACUUUAUACUUUUGGAGAGCCUGAGAAUGGAAAACUAGGUCUUUCAAAAGAGCAACUGAAAAACUACAAGGUCCCACAACUUGUUUCUGGAAUUUCUGGCAGGGCCAAUAAGGUUGCCUGUGGAGGAGGACACACAGUAGCGCUUGCAGGUAUACUAGCUUCUUGCUCCUCAAAUUGUGGGCUCAUGUUUUAAUCCCCACAAUCCUAAACUGUUUAAUCCACACAUUUAAAUGGGUCCACCUACAUACGACUUAGCAUAUUGGAUGCUGUAUGUCAAAGAUGGUGGAGACAAUUAUAAAAUAGCUGCUUAGUUUCUGUUGAAAUAAUUUAGCAAAAUUAAUUCGCAAGGUGUCAGUGGCAAAUGGAUGUAGUGAUUGUAGAGCAAAACUAAGUAAAGAAAAUUUAUUUAAAAGUGAUGGAAGAAGGGGCAGAAUUGGCUAAGAAAAGGGACAGUGUGAAGCAUCUGUCUAGAGGCAGGUCCACACCAUACAUUUAAGGCACUUUCAACACAUAUUUAAAGCACAUGAGUUUCCCCCAAAGGUUCUUGGGAACUGUGGUUUUCCCCACACAGAAGUUCCCAGCAUCCUUAACAAAGUAUAGUUCCCAGGAUUCUUUGGGAGACGUCAAGGGCAUUAAAUGUACAUAUUAUGUGAUUUAAAUGUAUGGUGUGGAUUUGCGCAUGUUCAGUGGUCCUCUUAUAUGAUGUAGAGUUUUAGUGCUGGGUUUACACCAUUUGCACAUAUGCACAGUACUAGAACUAGUAGCUAAAUUAGCCGUCAGUCUGGUGGUGAUUUUAUAUAACAACACUCAGGUCUUUGGCAUGCUACUGCUCAGGCUGAAUCCUAUGUGUUCUGGUUGAUUCCUAUUACUGACAACUAGGCUGAGAUGUUAGUGAGACUAGACCCUGCAUAAGGGAAUAGGGGUAAAGGUGUUUACUAUUCUAAAUAACACCUAACCCUCUUACUGAGGCUUUUAAAGAGGUGUGGUUUUAUUUUCUUUCCUUGUUAUUUUGCUUCUGUAUCUUCCAGCAGAGGGAGCUUUAAUAUUUUAUUUAGUAUAAUAUUUUGGGUUAUGUAAUAUGAUAGUCUUACAAUGAUAUUAUGGGUUUAAAUAUAUUGGUUAUUCUCAUUUUUAAAAAUCUCUCUCUCUCAUUACUUUUCUUUUUAAGUACAAGGCCUGGUGUACGCAUCACAUUGACCCAUAGGCUAAAACAAAAUGUGGUUUAGUGUGAACACAUUGCAUUUUGGUUCAUGCUGCUCGGUUCCAGUGGUGCUCCUCCUUCACUCCUGCUGAUGUGUAGUAGACAUAUGAAACGUUGUUUCCUCCAAACCACAAGCAGAAAAUCAAGAGCAAUUCUUGAUUACUACUCAACUACUCAUUGAUGGUUGGAAGAGACAUACCUUUGUUCAGAUGACAUGACAAGUCACAUUCUGCGGCAUGCCAGGAAUUGGGGAGGAACAGCAUGGGAACUUUUGAGCAGUGUGCACUAGGAAACUUGGAGGAUGGAAAACUAUGGAUAGAAUAUUAAUCUCAUGUAUGUUUUUCAGAGGGGAAGGUCUACACAUUUGGCCUUGGCCAAUAUGGGCAGCUUGGACAUGGUACAUUUAUUUUUGAAAUUUCUGAACCAAAGAUGGUGGAUUGUUUGAGAAAGCAUAAAAUCUGUAACAUUGCCAGUGGGGAAAAUCAUACAGCUUUAGUGACAGGUAUGUAUGCGGUUAGCUGUGAAACGUAUUUGCAAUGCUAUUGGUGUAUUUUUGUGCUUAAUACAAAAUUUUCUUGUUUUUAAAUCUGCCAGGUCACAGAGAGAUAUGUAAAACUUUUCCUAUGAAACAUUUUAAAUAAAAUUUUCUCAAAUUAAGACUCAGAACAGCUGAAAGGGACCCUCUGGGGCAAAGGGCAAGUUAUAUAAACAGAAACUCCAGGAAGUAUCAUUGAAGAAAGCAAUUCUUCUAUUGUUUGAAUCAGUUGUUCCUGCUGAAGGGGCAUUUCUGAGUUUGACGGAGCCUUAAGCAACAGGGGGACUCGGAAGAAUAUGCGUUUGUAUUUGUUUGCAGUUCAGGGAAGCAGGGUAAGAGUGUCCUUUUGGUGGAACGGGGGAAGGAGAUGACUCUCUGAGAUUUUAUAAGUUACAAAAUAUUAAAUAUGUAUAAAUGGAGGUGACAAGACCCUGGUGGUCUUAAACAUAUUUCAUAGUAAUUCUUAUCUAUAUGUAGUUUAUUAAACAAAACAAAAAGCCAUGCAACAUGUACAGCACAGUCCUAUACUUGCCUCCUCAAAAUGGAUCUCAAUAAAUUCAAUGGGGUAUACUCUCUGGUGUGAGUACUGCAGUGACAUUUGCUUAGUUCAUAUUCAGUGGCCAAACCAUGGGCUGAGCAAUGUUUCCUUCACAUGCUCUGACAUACUACCUGGUGCAGGCAAGCCAUAAUUGGUAAUUAAGUCUGAACUGGACAAACUGUGGUAUGCCUACAAAUUAGAAUGGGAAUCCAUGGGUUCAUGAUGCAUAUGUGUGAUUUAACCCAUUCUUAUGAUUUUAAUGGAAAUUGCGAACCAGGCAAGAAUAUCAGUGGCAGCUGCUGAAGUGCUUAGGCAGGCUUAAUGGGAAGCACUCUUUUCAGAAGAGUGCAAAACCUGGCUUGUAGUACUCAGUUACCAAUCGUGAAUAUACAUCUUAAUUUAACGAAGUCAUCAAGAUCACUGAAAAAAUCUCCAGACUGUGCAAUAAAUAUAUUCACCAGAUGUGUUUUCCUGUUUGUAUGCUAAUUUUAUUUUAGCAUAAUUAAUGUAAUUCAGAAGGUACAUGACCUUUCUGCUAAUGAUGCUAGCAGUUUUUCUGCUGCAAAUCUAUUUUCUGAUCAGCUUGCCUUCUCUAGUUUAAUCAGCUUGCAUGUACUUCCUAUAGAUUUGGCUCAGUAGCUAUCCAUUUUUCAUGGCCUUAAUGGUCCUAGUGGUUGAUGAAGAUUUAGUAUUGAAGGGUUAAUACCUGCAUUGUAAAUAGAUGUUUGGGUUUUUAAGGUAAACUUGAAGAAGCCGGGUAAUCCUGAAGGCUAGAAUACAAUAUCUACUCUUGAUACUUGGAGCACUAACUCCUUAUUUUUACUUGUUCAAUGGUUCCAUUAGGAAGCAAUUGACAUGGAAAACUUGAGAAUGUCAACAUUCCAAAACAUUCAAAUGUAAUAAUAUUAUGAACAUCAUUUUCAUAGCUAUAUGUUUUACAUUAGCCAGAUUAACUUUUUUGUUGUCGUUUUCCUUCGUCUAGUGGAAAAACUAUGUUACAGGUUGAAAUAUUUAUUUCAGAAUUUUUGCUCUUGGAAAGAAAGUGAUUCUCUUUUCUAAUUAGUUGUUGUGGCUUCACCCACUGCUUUUUACACACUGCUUCAUUACAUAUUAGUAAACAUGCUUCUUUCUCCACAUUUAGAGAACGGCCUUAUGUACACCUUUGGAGAUGGACGGCAUGGCAAAUUAGGGCUUGGGGAAGAAAAUUACACUAAUCAGUUUUUUCCUACGCUAUGUUCCAAUUUUGGGGGGUUUGCUAUACAGUCGGUAAGGCUUCCUUUUUUCUUCAUGCUCUGAAAUACUAAUUCAGUAUAUCUCAUGUUGUACUUAAAGGUACCAUAUUUAGAGGUCAUUCAUAUGUUUAUACCGUGCUAUAUUUUUUAAUUGUAGAUGAGCACUGGAGACAUUUAUAUUUCUUGGUAUGUUUUUUAAAAAAAAUAAUUGGUUUACUUUUUCUCUUUAGAUAGAAAAAUAGAUUUGUAUGAGAUGUUUCUUUGUGAUCAAAGCCAGUGCUGUGCUAUGUGCACUGUAAACUGUUUGAAGGAAUUAACAUCUUUAAGCAAAUUUCUUAGAUUCUACAGCAGAUUCUUAGAUUUCCGUACAGCAGUUGGGAUAUAAACCUCUGCUACUUAAUGGAUUUUUUGACAUCAAGGCUAUGAUCAAGGCUACACCCAGCCUGUCACUAUUUUGCCAAAAUAAUCAUAUUAGGGUGAGAUAUCAAAACAAGUUUGCCAAAAAGGCACACUGUUUCUAGCCCUUCCACAAUUGCUUCACGGACAGAGUGAGGGUGAGUGAGUUAAGUCUCCCUGAGACAAUCACUUAGAAAAAGAACACCACCAAAUGGUAAUCUCACACCAAUAUCUCAUUUCUUUCCAUUUAGAGUCUCAUAUUUGUCACGUUGACCUCGCUCAAAAUACUAUGAUUUGGAAAUGAUGCAUAACAUGUGUUGAGGGACCGUAAUGGUGAAAGUCCUGAAGAUUGUACCAAAUCAUUAGAAGUGUACUUUCUGAUUAGGUUUCCCCUUCCUAUGUACCUGCAAAGUUUACAGCCUCCAUUAAUCCCUGCAUUGACUUUGUACUGUAGGUUUCCUGUGGUGGUUGUCACAUGCUAGUUUUUGCCACACCGAGGCCUAAAGAACUGGGUGAAACUCAUGUGUCUGACCAAAAGGAACACCACUUGUCUGCUGUGGUCUCUGAAGUGGGUGGAGAUGCAUUAGUAAUAGAUACCUUCCAUCGGACGUUAUCGGCACGCUUGCGGCGGAGAGCAAAGGUAUAUUUUAAACUGUUUCUACUGAGCUUCAAAAACGUCAAAAAACAACAUGAUCACACCUAGUUGCUAUGCAACAAAUCACCAUUGGGGGCAGUGCAGGCUGUAUGUGCCAAAGGCCAAGAGAUUCACUAGGAAACACUUGGAGGAGAACUGCUUGACUUUCAAUAUUAAAAUCUCCAGGCAGCUGUACAAUAAAGUACUGAGAUCCAAGAUGGUAAACCCUCCCUAAGUUUUUUUUAAAUUGAAGAGUGCUAUGAAAAUACCUGCAUUAUAAAUAAAUAAAUAGCACAUCAAACUUCCAUGCUAUAGUUGACUGGUAAUUUAUUGUGGUAAUAAUUCCUUUAUUAUGUCUUUCUUUAACUGAACAGUAGGUGCAGCCUCUAACUUGCAUGAUUGUAGUUUUACUUAUACAUGCAGUUUGAACUUACUAUAGCCUUGGUAUUUUCAUCUGUCCUGAAUCUGGCCAGGGAAGACCCAGCACACAUUGUAGAUGAUUUCCUGACUUCAAGCAUUACUGCACUGUGGGCAGAUUCACAGCGCUCAUUCUAGGAAAAUGAAAAGCAAACACUGCCCUCAAUCCCUCAAUCUACUCCUCAUUGUAUCACUGUCCUUUAUUGGUUACCUUGAAGUGACUCAAAAGCUGCUAUGCUUUCUUUUCACCCUUUCACAAGGACAAAUCACCGGAACAGGUUAGCCGGCUGGUACGAACACUUCCUCCACUAGGAGAAGGUCCUUCAAAGCUUGCAUCCUGUGCCAUCAGCAACACUCUCCCCCUUGGUGUACUCAGAUCAGACCACCUUGACUCAGAGGCAGCUAAUGGAAGUCAAGGCACCCAAUCUGCUUUGGAUGGUGAAACAGGUAAACUAAUCACCAGUUUCUGUUAUGCUCCUAUCAAUCAUUUGUUGGGGUUUUUGAGCAUCAGAGGUCCUUAAAACUGCAAUGCAGUUAUCACUUAGAGUCUCACUUGCUGAUUGAAUAAUCAGUUGUGAUACUGAGCAACAUAAAGACAGGACAAGUGCAAUACAUCUACAUUUGAAGUCACUGGGCAGGGUUAUGUGAUUGGAUUUUUUUUCUUUGCACAAUGGCCUCAUUUGCCUGCCACUGAAAACUUAGCUUAUAGUUUACUGUGAGCAUGCCAAUCUGAGUGUUCAGAAGAAACUACAGUCCCAGGCUUAGCAUUAUGUCUGGACCAGAGACUGUAGUUUGCUUUGCUCCAUUAAACCAAGAUCCGUACUUAAGUUUUGCUUUUGACUUAUGGAUUGUGGUUUGUUUGAGCAAAACAAACUGCUAUAUCUGGUUCAGACAUAACAUAAAGUCAUGGUCUGUGGGGUUUUUUCCUGCCAUGUGCUAGUAGGAAGGAGAAAAUUGGCCCAGACUGCAUGUUCAUGGUAAACCAUUAACUAUUGUUUAACCAGAUACGUGAACUGGGCCAUGAGAGAUCUGUGAAUGGAAUCUCUGUGCUUUCUUUCUUGCUUUUCUCAAUUAAAUAAGCCUCCCCACCUCCAUACUUGCUGCCAUUUGACCCAUAGGGCAAGCAAAAUAUGCAGGCAUCAUUAUGGACAGAAAACACAUUCUUCCUUUUAUUGUAUUUACUGAAACAUGAUUACUCCUCGUGCCAGUUGAGACUGCCAGGAACCCUUCUGUUUCAGUUCUUUCUCGGUAAUUAGAGGAGCAUCCAGACUUCCUUUUCCUCAAAUAAGUGCAUACAUGAAUAACUGUAUAUCCUGUAUUUUGUUUUGAAGGAGAUAAGAAAGAGGAGAAAAAUGAUGCAGAAGAGAGCUCAACAGAAGAUGAUUCAGAUGAAAAUGAGGGUAGAACCCUUGGGAGCACCACAGAUGUCUUGAAUAUGGUAAUAUUUAUUUAUUUAUUUUGUCUCCACAGAUCUCAGGGGGCUCGCAACAUAAAAAUACAAUAUAAAAGCACAAAAUACAUGAUAAAAACACGGACAAAACAUCCCACAAACCAAAAAACCCCUCCCACAAACACAUCUGCUACUAGUGAUUGUAUUUAUACUUUGGUUUGUGGCUGAGGUAUAACCGUUUUCCUGUGGAGUGUCCAGUGGCAGUAGCAACAGCAGGAAGAGCACAGGAAUCUUUCCUGGGCCACUUCCACAUUCCACAGUUACAACAUAGAGAGAAAAUGGUUUAAUAUGGACAUAAUGCUCAACUAUGGUUUAGUGUUUCAGGAAUGGGCCAAGGGCUUGUGCAACACAUUCCUCCUCUCCUCCAGUAUCACCAUGAGGAGAUCAAAAACGUUCACAUCUGUUUUCAGUUAAUCACAGUUUAACACUGUGAUCAGCCUAUAUAUAAACUGAUUAAUUUUCACUAUGGUUUAUUGAAACGACUCAACUUCAUGAAAACUGUUACAAAGUAGACCUGUUUUAGUAAACAGAAGUUAAGUCUAGCCACAGUUUAGCUUGGCAACUUAACACUAAACUGUGGUUUCUUAAAAACUGAAACAAGAACUUCCAGUCUCCUUGCAUCUGCUGGAGAGGGAGGGUGUGGUGCACAAGCCCAAGUCCACUUAGGUUUUACUGGGGACCUCCGUAGUGUAGUAUUUAGGUAGCAAGAAAAUUUGCAUAGUUCUGGGUAAAUGUUUUGCAUUAAUGUUAGUUAAAAGGAUCAGGUAGGAGGGGAUGGGAAAGACCCCUCUCUGCCUGAGAUCUUGGAGAGCUGCUACCCCUCACAGUAGACAGUAAUGGGCUAGAUAGGCAACAUAUUUUACCAGGCAGAAGACAGAUUCUUACAAUGCUAUAAUUCUGGUACUUUGGGCAUCAGGCAAUUAGUCUGGAAGGUAUGUUGAGAUCUUCCAGUUAAAAAGCAGAGUUCAUGAAUGUGUAUCUAAUGUUGUUUUGUUAGCUAGUUGCUGUUAUUUACUACUCUCAUUAAAAUACUUUCCAGACCCAUGUGAUGAGAGUGAAUCCCGAUGGCCAUUCCUUGGAGUUAGCACCAGUACAAAAACAGAAGGUACUGCCAAUUUAUAUAUGUAUUUUGACUUUUUAUUUAUUUGUUUAUUUUUUUUAAAAAAAAUAUUUUAUCUAAAAAGUGGUUAUCUUUCCUGUUGCUAUAAAACAUCAACUACAGUAACUCUACUGAUUCUAGUUUAAAAAACCCCCCAAACAGGUAAAUUUUAAAUAUGCCUUAAAUAAGAGUUGUCACACAAAACAAUUUGAUGCAUCUUUUGUUUCUGGGCACGUAUUUAGGAUAAGGGCAAAUCUUUCCCCACCCCAGGUUGCUUUUCUGCUUAUUACUAGCGAAAGGUUUAUAUACAUUGUUGUUAUAUAUGUUGCAGUGGGAAAGCGGGCAGGAGACUCCUGCUGUGCAAGUGAAAUUGUGCUUAUGCUUCUCUGAAUCUUGCCCAUUUUCUUCUUCAUCUUUUACGUUACCUUCAUUUAUGAUCCUCUUCCAUCCUGUCAAGCUGCUUACGUUCCCUUUUCAUGUUCUGAUUUAUUUGCCUUUUGCCUUCCUCUCAUUUUAUUUGUAACACUCUCCUUUCUUUUGUCCCCCCUUUUCUUUCUUGCUUCCCAUGCGGAGUAGAAGAAAAAUAAAAAUGGGAAACUGGAUAUUCAUGGUAAGGGUGGGAUGAAAGAGUCUGUUCCUUCCCGAGUUCAGAAGGGUUUGGAAUUGGGUGGCACAUCUUCUCAGGUGGAACCUACACAUUCAGAGUGUCUAGGAAAGGAUCCCAAUUUAGAAAAAAGUUUUUACGAUGCUUUUGUGAGGAAAAUUAAGGCUGGUAAAAAGUACUCAAAAAGUAAGUCUGCACAGGCCAUUACUGUUAGGGCACUGAAGCCUGACACUGACCAGACUAUUAAAAAAGAAUUUAAAGUAGCAAAAAAGGGAAAAUUGGGCCAAGUAAAUUCUAGUUCAACCCCUCAGGAGCUGCCAUUCAGCCAUGCUAGUGAUGGUAUGAUAGAAAAACACUAUGUGGAUUGCCAGGAAAAUAAAGCAGAAGUCAAAGUAGUGAAAUCUGAUAAAUAUGGCAAAAUAUAUGUGCAAGGUAAAGAAAGCAAAGAAAAACAGAGAGAGUUUAAACACAAGGAGAUAUUUAUGAAGCAAACAGCAGUAACUGUGUCAUCAUCUUCAAGUGAGGAAACUCGUAAUGAGUCAGCAAAAUAUGUUCUUCAGAUAAACCAGUAUAAUUAUGGCAAAAUAACAAAGAGAGAAAUGGAUGAAGAAAACAGAAAUAUAAAUUGGGAGAAGGAGCAAAAUAAAGAAAAGGAGUGUUUUGAAGAUAACAGUAUGCAAGCUCAGAGUGAAGAGAAUGAAAAUAUAGAUAGUUCAGAUAAGGCUGCCAAGUUAGAAGAAGAGAAUCUUGAAAGUGUGCAAGACAAUGAAGAAUGUGGAGUGGUUGCAGAAGAAGCUGAAAAUGAAGAGGAGAAGCAAGAUGGAAAAAAUGACAGUGAAGUAGAAUCUGAAGGAGAAGAAGGUGAAAAUGAAUCAAAUAAAGAAGAUGACCCUGGAGCCAUCGAUAGAGAUGAAGAAGUUAAAAUGCAGUCUAAAGCAGAAAAUGUGGAUAGGCUGGAGAAUGAGGUGGAAGAAGGGAAAGUUGACACAGAUUUUGAACUGCAAGAGGAAGAAGCAGAAGAAGAUAUAGAUGAAGCUGUAAUGGAAGAAAAAUAUGAAAACAUAGAGGAGGGUGAAUUUGUAAAGGAAAUUGAGGUAGUAGAGGAGGAGCAAGAGAAGAAUGAAUGGGUGGAAGAGGAGAAAGAAAAAGAGAGCAAGAGAGAAGAGAGGGAGAAGGAAGAAGAGACGAGGGAGGAAGAAGUGGGAGUAGGGGAAGAAGAUGACAGGAAGGAGGAAGAAGGAGGAAAAGAGGGGGAGGAGGAAGAAGAAGGAAAAGAGGGGGAAGAGGGAGGAGGAGGAAAAGAAGGGGAGGAGGAAGGAAAAGAGGAGGAGGAAGAAGGAAAAGAGGAGGAAGAAAAAGAAGAAGGGGCAGAAGCAGAGGAGGAAGGGGAAGAGGAAGAAGUUGAGGCAGAGGAAGGAAAAGAAGGGAUGGAGAUGGAGGAGGGAGAGGAGGAGGAGGAGGAGGAGGAAGAAACUGGAGGAGAGGGAGAAGAGGGAGAAGGAGAGGAGGAGGAGGAAGCAGAGGAGGAAGAAGAAGAAGCGGAGGAGGAAGAAGAAGUGGAGGAAGAGGAAGAAGAAACGGAGGAGGAGGGGGAGGAGGAGGAGGAGGAGGAGGAGGAGGAGGAAGAAGAAGAAGAAGAAGAAGAAGAAGAAGAAGAAGAAGAAGAAAUGGUGAAGGGAGAGGAGGAGGAGGAAGAAGAAAAUGAAGAGGGAGAUGUGGAAGAAGAAGCAGAAGCUGAAGAGAGUCAGGAAGAAGCUGAGGAAGGGGAAGAAGGCAGGGAGGAGGAAGACAAAAGAGAAGAGGAAGAAGAUGAGCAUGUAGAGGAAGAAAAAGCAGUCCAGAAAACCAAAGGUCAUAAACAUCAAGAAAAUAAUAAGAGGAAACAGGAGACCUAUGAUAAAAUAAAAAGCUCUAAACAAAGAGUGACAUCAAAACAUGUUGUGAAUGGACUACAAAAUUCACAAUUUUGGAACAAUGUGCUACCACAUUAUUUGACACUAAAGUAGCCCUGAAGCUCGAUUUUACAUGGAAAUUUUGUAUAGGGAAUUGUAAUACAGUACUACGCCAAAAUUUAUAUUUUUUAAUGCUUUUUUCUUUUUACUAAACAAUUUUACUUGCCAUUUUAUAUAAAUACCUAAAAUUUCAACUUUAUAAAACACACUAAAAGCAGUCUUGUGCUGUGACAAAUCUGCCAGUGAGAACCAGGUGCCAUGUUCAAAUUAUGAGAUCUCCGCUGUUUCAGAUUAGUGCUGUUGCACUGUUGAGUUUUUUGAACAUUGCAUGGUCAUAAAAGCUGUGUAUGGUGUGUAGACUAAAGGUUUUCUUGUACUGAGAGAAAAUACUCCAUGCGUUCCUUCUUUGGACGUAUUGUUUCAAGACACACUUGCUGGCUAUCUCAGCUUGACAGUCCUAUUAGGGGGGUAAAACUGAAAGAACAGUGGCAUGCCUAGGACAAUAGAGCUCUCUGGCUGUCCUUCAUAAAUCUUCUGCAAGAAGUGGUGGAAAGGGGAAGGUGAAUGAAACACGGUAUUGGUGACAAGCCCCUCAAGGGCCAGAUAAGGUAGGGGCCAAUAAGUGGGAGUGGCUGUUUCUUCAGUAAUACAGGUUACAGGUUUCCUGCAGGUAUCUGGCUCUCUGCUGUUGGACAGAGACUGGGAUCCAAAGAGCCCUUUAGGCAUGCUCUCUGAAUUUUCUCUCCCAACUGCAGGUGCUUACUGCAUUGCGCUUUUAUUAGAGAUUGCUCUGGAGGGUCCACCAAAGGGAGUGACUAUUUAGGGACGAGGAACGCUGGCGUGAGAAGUCAUAUCUUGCAUGCGCCAUGCACACUGAAUGAUACAGACCUUUGAUCUGAUCCAGCAAAGACAAUAGUUUUGCUCUUGCAGCCCUGUCCUUAAGCUGCCAGCAGUGCAGCCAUGCCGUAAGAGAGUGAUGGGGAACCUGUGACCCUGCCACUGUUGUUGGAUCCUAGUUCCCAUCAUCCCUGACUGUUGGCUAUGCUGGCAGGGACUGAUGGGACUUGGGGUUCACCACCUUCUGGAGGUCUGCAGGCUCCGUACCCCUGCCCUAAGAAUUUGGUUUGUCAUUUAAUGAUAAAAAACGCUUGUUUUGUUUUCAGUCUCUGUUCAACAGCAGACAUAUAAUUUAUGUUGCCCAAUUAUGCGUCCCAUAAUGUGGGUUCCUUUUUCAUUUGUUCAAAGCAUAUUAAGCACUUCUGUUGUUUUAAUACGUUUACUGUGCCUUGUAAUAAGUUUUCCAAUAAAAAUAGUAAAAUUACGAUGCACUUCUUUAAAAAAAACAUGUUAAUGUUUAUUCUGAUUUAUUGUUGCUAUGCAAGCAUAUUUAUUUGGGACAUUUUAUUUGGAUGUAUACUUAGUUGCAUAUAUGAAAAAUGGGAGGAAGGAUUGGAGCUCCCCAAACCUUGCUGCUGUCGUGGGCAGCUUCAACAUCCAUACUGGGUCUCCUUGCAGCUCAGGAUUUCAUCUGAAUAAUAAUUUGAUAAUAAUUUAUUAUUUAUAUGCUGCCCACCUGACUGGGUUGCCCCAGCCACUCUGGGAGGCUUCCAGCAAAUUAUAAAACCACAGUAAAACAUCAUGUGCUCUGUAACAACCAUCAUCCUAUCUCAAAUAACUAGUACCACACAUCUAACGAGAAACGACAUUGACUUGUGUGAAUCAGCACUUACUAUAUUUUUCCGUCUAUAAGACGCCCCCAUGUAUAAGACCCCCCCCCCAUUUUUAAGGACUCGAUUUUAAGAAAAUGAAGGGAGAUGGCCCAAAGUUGUUGAACUUCUCCCCACACGCAGCUGCGGGCAGCUGUUUCCUGCUCACAGUGGCAUCGUCCUUCCAUAGUCCAAAGCCUCGUCUAAUACAGUACCUGCAUACUGUGGUUAUUCCAAAAGAACGUUAGAAAACCGGAACAUUCACUUCCGGUUUUUGAUCUUUUGGAAGCUGAAAUGAACGAGUUCUGGUGCGUCCAAGAACCAAGGUACGACAGUACUAAUAGUGCAUAAUGAUUUGGUGACAUCAUCACAAACUUCUGUAGUGUUUACAAAGGCUGCAGCCUCUGUGUAACUCACAUAAUCAUAGAAUUGUGGAGAUGGAACGGAUGCCAAGGAUCAUCUAGUCUAACCUCCUGCGGUGCAGUAAUCCUGCCCACAGCCAUCCCCGGGUGGGCUUCAACCACCAGCCUUCUGGUUGAGAGCAAGACACACUGACCCAUUGUGCCACUCACAGUACUUCGGCUUGAAAUGUGGUAAUUACUGAAUUACUUGGAAGUUUCCAGACUGGUUCUAUCCUGUAGAAUCUGCUGAAAAAGUCAAGAGGGAUUGACUUGCCCCAUGUUUAACAAGGGGGACAUAUGAACUGGCCCUUAACCCUCAUUUUGACACUUUUACAGUUAAAUGAAAGUUAAUGCUAGUAUUGAUUUUGUUGAUCCAGGACUCCGUAGUCUACAAAGAGAGAUAUUGAGCAAAAGGCUGAGUUGUCGUCAUCCCCAACCAUAUUUUUCUAACUCAGUAUCAGGCUCCAGAAACCACCUUUUCUUUCUCAAACACUCUUUCUCUCUUUUGAUUGAAUUCUUAUUUCUGAAUUCAUUGGCAAAGGGUCAAAAUAGAGCAACAUGAAAAGAAUGGAAGGUAAAGUAUAUUAUUAAUUAAAAUGUUUAGUAAACAAGCCUGAAGGAAAAAGUAGACAUUUUCCAUUACACUUGGCAACAUCCUGACUGUGGAGGAGAACCAAAUGUGUUACUGGUAUUCUGAAGAAUAGGCUGUGAUUUGUUUAUUUAAGUCUUAAGUGUUUGUAUAAGUAAGCACAGUGGAGUUCAGUAUCGUAAUAUAUCUGGCUAACUGACGUUGAUUGGGCUCAUAUUCAGAAUUAAAGUGAUUGUAACUGCCCUCUUCAAUGUUUCAGUCGUUGCAGGGGGGUGGUGAAAACAACAUGGUUUUAUCCGGAAAAGAUGCUCUAUUAGAAGAUGCUAAAAUAUAAUUAAUUCUUCUUCCCUUGUAUAUUAGAAGUGGAAAGAGAAGGUAAAAUGUACAGGAGCUCAUAAACAAACUGCACGAGCUUGUAAACAAUCUGAAAAUAGAUAGUUGCAAGAUCAAUUUCUAGCUCUCUUGGCUUUCAUUCUGUUUUUACUGUAGAAAAGAAGUCAGUUCCUAUAGACAUGUUUCAUAUUCCAGAAUUGGGACUUAGCAGUAGGACCACUGUGAUCAAGCAUGUGAGUGUGCAUGUAGGGGAAACAGGGAUUGCCUAUGAUGCAAUGGGUCAGUGCGUCUGGCUGUUAACCAGAAGGUUGGUGACUCAUGCACAAACAUCUGUGGGCAGGAUUCCUGCAUUGAAGGGGGUUGCACUAGAUGACCCUCAGAGUCCCUUCCAGUGCUAUGAUUCUGAUCAUUUCUUUUUGGGAGAAAUUAAAUUAAACAUCACUAGCUGAAAAAGCAGCUUGGGUUUCUAUAGAGACAACUUCUGAAAAUACAACUUUCAGAAAACACAUGGGGUCAUGUAGAUGGUUUUUAAUCUCUUAUUUAUCACAAGUCUACAGUGCCUCUUAACACAAAUGUUUCCAAGGUGGCUUACAUACAGUAAAACAAUAUGGAGCAAUUCAAAAGUAAAAGCAUAACUUUAGUUGAAUGGUUCACAUGUGCACCUUUGGAUCUUUAAAGAAUAAGGGGCAAGAAUAAGGAGAUAAAACUUCUGUUGAAGGAUGAACAUACUGAAUUCCUUGAUGCAUAUCUGCUGAAUCUGGUUUAAGCGGCUACUCUGGCAAAAUACAGAGAGACUGUGAUCUUAAUCUGAAUUGCAUAAAAGGGUCAGAGAUCCUAUUCCAUGAUUUUAAACAGGAUAAAUAGGCAAAAUCUUACUUUUCUCAAAGAAUAGCAACUGGGACAAAAUGUGUCCAUAAUUCCUUUUAAAAGCUGCAUUUAUAUUUAUAGCAGGCUAUUUUAGGGAACAAACAUGUCUAGUUUGCUUUCUGGUCUUACUUACCACUGAGUAUAAAUCUUAAGUAUAAAUCUUCCUGGAUUGAAAACUUGAGCUACUUUCUAUUUUCAUCAGGAAUGUUAAACUGCUAUGGAUUCUAGGCAGCAUUCCUCUGCCUCGCCUUCCAAAAUUCAGACAGUUAAAGUAAAUGGAUCUUCUGGUUUGUUUUUUAACACAGCAGAUUGUAAUUCUUUGGCAAAUAUGUCUUUCAUAGAAUCAUAGAAUUGUAGAGUUGGAAGGGACCCCAAGGGUCAUCUAGUCCAGCCCCCUGCAAUGCAGGAAUUUCAUCUGCAUGAUCGUUUACAUUAUGAACAGAUGUAGAGCAUCUAAUUCACUUGCUAAUAAUUGCCUUGAACACCAUUUGGUGAAAAGGUAGGAUAUAAAUUUAACCAAUAAACAAAACCAUCAAACUUCUUGAGCUCCUUCUGGCUGCGCUCAUUCUGUUGCGGGAGGGGGACCCUCAAAGGCACCAGCUGCCUUUGGCAGCAGCAGAAGAGUCUUUGGCCCCUCCCUGUCAGCCGUGGAUUUCAAGGAAGAAGACAGAAAAUGCAGGUGUUUUUUCUGCCCCAAACUGCAGACGAGGCACACUUAGCAGGGUUUUAUGAAUAACCGCCACCCCUGGGGGAGGAGACCCACCAGCUUUCCCAUUGCAGGACUGUGACACCACAGGGCGAUCACUGUCUAGCACAUCUGGAUGGCCACUCUGCCCAGCUCCGAUAAGAAAAACAACAACAAAUAAAACGUGAUCCCCUCCCCGGAAAAAACGAAAAACGGCCAGGCUUGCUGCAGCUGCUUCACCACUCCCCCCCCCGCCUCCUCCCUCUCCCUGCCCCCCCCAGCCAAGGGAAGUGACCUCUUGUCACUUCCACUGCCGCCAGGGCGCAGCCUUCUUCAGAAAAAUUAAAAGCAAAAAACAAACCCUGAAAAAAUGGGGUCGGGGCAGAAAACUGAAGGGGGGAAAAAACGGAUUGCCAUACAUCCCGUAAAUUUCUGGCAUCUCUUAAAAUUCAACACACACACACGCACCAAUGCCAUUUUAGGCAUCCGAUUUCCAUACAUGUCCAGAAUUUUCCAGACGUAUGGCAAGCCUAUGGUUGGCCAAAGGGAACUGCUGUGAAUAGAACAGCAAGCAAAGAUCUGGCCUCAUUGGAAUGUGGGAAGUUGCUUAUAUCAAGUCAGACCAUUAGUCCAUAUAGCUCAGUAUUGUCUAUGCAGUGUUAGCAGUUGCUCUCCAAGGUUUCAGACUUCUCAGUGGACUGAACCUGGGACCUUCUGCAUGCAAAGCAGCAGGUGCUCUGCGACUGAGAUCCUGCCCUUCAUCUGUGAUUUCUCUCUUGCACAUGGGUGUCCUCUUAUCUCCACCCUGACCAUAGUUUCUUUGGCAUCAAGGAAAUUUUGAUAUCUCAAGGACACCACUGAAGAGCUAAUAAAUGCUUUCUCUAGCUGGUUUGUAUGGCUGUCUUCAUUCUUUCAGCCCCACAUUAGCAUGUUGCCUCCUGCCACUGCUUGUUUAUGCCCUUUAAUCUCUCCGAACGUAAAAGGGAGGCAGAACUUUGCCAAAUUCAGGAUUUCCUCAAUGUGAGGGACACUUGGGGUUGGUAAAUAAAGAGACUGCAUUUUUAAAGCCAUCUUUGCCUUACUCGUGUUACACUUGACCCCAGUUGUAACCAAUCCCAUAGCCUUCCUUUGUCACAACUUUGCUACUCCUCCCAUGCAGCAUGACGAAGGGGAGGAGAGCUGGCUUUGCUUUCUCCUGGCUAAAUGGAACCUGAGCAAACUAGUUUAGUAAUAUUUCAGGGGGGAGGGUCCGUGGAGAAGACAUAGAGAUCCCGUAAAACAGUGGAAAUGGGAGAGGGAAAUGUUUGGAAGAAGUUCUGGGUUUUUUUUUAGCAACUUCAGAUGUAUGAGGUGGACAUAAAGAGGAGAUCUCUGCUUUCCAGGAACUGGCACACCAGAAGGUAAUUUAGCAUCUUUAGACUAAGGGCUUGUUCACAUUUGAGCUUUAUUUAAUUGUUAAUCUACUUUUUCCACAUUCAAAUUAGACUGGAGUAGUCCACCCCCACACAUACUUGAAUUUGUAUAUGGGGAGCAAAUUUCCAUUCAUACCAACAGGCAUUUCCUUUUGUAUUUGUCUAUGCCUUCAAAUUUGUUGGUUCUGUUGCACCAAUUGAGUGCGGAUAAGGCAUGCACACAGAUAGUUGCAAGCACACCUUGUUGUGUUUUCUUUUAAAAUCCCUGCUUGAUAAGUGUGCAAAAGCACAUAAUCAGUUCUAAAUUUGCUUUUGCAGUUUUCUGGUUUUGUGCAGAUAUGAGGGAUAACAAAAUAAUAAUUCCUUAGGGAGUGCACGGAAAAUAGAUAUAAGCACAGCUGGAAAAGUAAUGAAAGCAUUGAGGAAGUAAUGGGCAUGGAAAGGCGAAUAGCAGAAAAUGACAAUGGAUCCACCCCCAAAAGAACAUCUAAACAAAUAAUCUGUGUCCCCAAGUGGAGCCUCAUUUCCCCACUCUAUCAGAUUAUCCCCAGUAAACCCAAAUUUAUAGAGGAGAAGCUUCUAGAUUGGGGUUCGAUGUCAUUGUCAUGUUGACUACACAUAUUAAAUGUGAAUGGAAAUGCUCUAGUGUGGACAUGCCCACAGUGUACUGUGUGUGCUAGAAAUCUCUGUAUGUAUUUCCUGUUUUGUGCAUUUUUUCCACAUCCUUUCCCUAUCUUGUAUAAAACAUGAUAUGGUUGCUUAGCAUUGGGUGUGACUGUAUUUUAAAAUACAUUGACUUCUGACUCCUGAUUGACAAUCACAGCAUCCCUUUGGAACAGGUUUUCUUUAUACAUCAGGUAUCUCGAACAAACUGUGUCUAUCCCGUAGGUAACUAUGAUUGACAAUGAAAAAUAUUCAUAUCAAAUUUAGUGUAUUAGCUAAAUACUGGAGAGUUCAAAAAUUGCCAUAAGAGGUAGUUAUCUAAAAUACCCAACAUAAAAGCAUUGCCCAUGUUUCUUGAAAAUAAUUACCAUGGCAACAUACAAUUGCUUGGAUAAAAAUUAACUCUGCACAUGCAAACUGAGCCAUCUCAUUAGCUUGUUCAUAUAGUACUACUUUAUUAAUAUACAGAAUAGUAUAUUAGCUUAGCAAAAACCUCAGUUUUAUCAAAUACAAUUCUAGAUUUAAAUAUCAACACACAUUUUAGAUGAGAUAUAUAUUUUACGUUUAAUUAAAUUUCAGCAUGAUAACACCAAGCAUACAAACAGGUGUCACAAAGAAUGAAUGUCCUUAUUUCAUAAAGGGUUACACAGUUCUUAUAUGCAAAAAUAUAAAGCAAAAAACAAACAAAAUGAAAAGCCUUUAACAGGAGAAUCCCACCUAAUUGAUAAAUGUGGGACUGGUGAUCCAUUUCCAUCUCCCUGAUGGUUAACAUACAUGAGAUUUUCGAAACAUGCUGUAGCAUCUGUAUUAUAGUGUGAGGAUGAAUGCAUAUGAAAACGUUAUAGUCUCUAUUUUUAAUAUCAUAGGAACAUUUAUUUCCACUGAAAUUCAUGGACAUUGUGAUGUUGCCUCUACUUUGGACUUUGUUUCAUUCAACUUGUUACACCUACAAAAUAGAUUAUUAAUGCAAAGCCUGCUGACUGCUUUCUUUGCAAGUUUCCAUACACAGUUUAUAUGGGGUUAUCAAGCCUUUAUUUAUUCUGCCAAACCUAAGCUUAAAAAAAUACCUGUCUUCAAUGACACCAUAGGAUCAAAAAUCAUCUGAUGAGGAAGAGAGUGAUGGUGGUGUGAAUCAUGACAAUGAAGAAGAAGAAAAAGAGGAAGAGGAGGAAAAAGAAGAUGAAGGAGGAGAAGAAGAGGAGGAGGAGGAAGAGGAGGUUGAGGAAAUAGAGAAGGAAAAGGUUGAAGAACAAGAUACAGUGAAACACGAUAAUGAUCAACCACCUAAAAAUGAGCAACAGAACAGCAAAUCAUUUGAGAGUGAGAAAAAGAACCAGACAGCUACAGAAACGAUAAAGGUAAAUCAUUUAUUCACGUUCAGGGUUAAACUUACUGGGGAUAUCAUGGUUCAUCUUCUGUUAUCUACUUAGAUUGCAGUCGAAACCUUCUGGUCAGCAGCAGUGGGGCUUAAUGGAGCAUCAUAGCUUCUGUUGCAUUCUCAGCACUGCAGCUCACACCAGUCAGGGCAGGGAGGAAAAUAGCUAUACAGUACCAGCUCCUAGCUGGUGCAGUGAAGGCAACCUAGAUUAGGAUCAUUGACAUCAGGUGACAGCAGCAGGGAUGACUUAGGAUACAGUAGAUUCUGUGGUGGCCCAGCUCUGCCCUCCUCCACCUGCAGGUGCCCCAUUUCAGGGUUUGUGGCUGGGAGCUUCUUCUGGUGCUGUCAUUUGAGCAGGCCCUCAUCGGCAAAACCAGGCAGGCCUGAGCAGAGGGACAUCUCCACCUCAAACUCCCUCCCACAUGAUGGGCUGGGGAGUUGGACUUGCAUAAACAUCAUACUUUUAAAUCACAUUCAAAACAUAAUCUCCCUGGCCUAAAGAAUAACGGGAACAGCAAUUUACUCCUCCCAGCACUCCUAAUAAUCCCAGGAUACUUUUUUCGGCAGGGGGUGGAUAUAUGCCUUCAGUGUGCUUUGAAGGUAUAGUGUAUAUGCAGCUUUGGAUUGCUUUAUUAUUAUAUAAUAUUAACCAGAAAAUUGUUUUGCAGUGUGUAUCUCCUACAUGUGUUCAGAGCCAUAAAAUGUAUUCACUUAUUUUACAGGUUCAAAAAUCAUCCGACGAGGAAGAGACUAAUGAUAACGAAGAAGAAGAAGAAGAAGAAGAAGAAGAAGAAGAAGAAGAAGAAGAAGAAGAAGAAGAAGAAGAAGAAGAAGAAGAAGAAGAAAUGGACAAGAAAAAGGGGCAGGAACCAGUUGCAGUGGAACAUAAUGAUGAUCUAUCACCUGAAAAUGAGGGCCACAGCAGUAAAUCAUGUGAGAUUGAGGAAACAAAUCAGAUGGCUACAGAAACUAUAAAGGUGAAACAAUUUUGUUCACUUUCAGUUCUGUACCUUUCUCAAGAUCCCAUUAUCCACUGUACUGUUAGUCUUGUCACAAUUAAGCCACAGAUUGGUUCUAAUGUGUAUUCAAGGUAAGCAGCUGACUUAAACAACAAAGAAACAAAUUGAAGAGCUCUAUUGUGGAUUUUGUGCAUUUUUCUGUGUUUGAAGUGCUUGCAGUCUAAAAUUCAACAUGACGAAACAAGGAAGAAUGGGAGGCAGGGACAUAGUAUGUUUCAGUUAAGUGGGCUUAGGCUGGGUUACAGACUAAAGUACAAUAGGGCGUAGGAACCUUGGAAGUUUUGAGGAGGGAUUUGAAGGAAGGCAGAGAGAUGGCAUUAAAUCAGUGUUCAUGGCAGGCAUAUAGGACAGCAAAAGAGAAAGGCAAAGUCUUCUGAGAGAGCCAGGAGACCUUUGGACAAUGGAAGAUGAGGGAACUGGAGGAGUAAAGCUCACAAGUAGGGUUGUAUUGGAACUAUAAUAGGACAGAAAUAAGCUGGAGCAAGACUAUAAAGCACAGGUGGGGAUCAAAGUCAGUGGGCAGGCCUGAUACUGCCCUCCCUCACCACCUUCCAACCAUUUUGAUGGAACCUCCCAUCCUUCAAUCACCUGAUGUCUCAGUGGUGUAAUUUUUUCCUUUGUGGGCACAGCUCAGUCCUUGCCUGCAGAGGACCAUCUUUUGCAUUGCCAUAUUGAAUUCAAGCCAGUGUUGCAAAGGAAUCUUGCAGCAAGUCCCGAUACCACUGGAUCACUCCAUAGCACAGCCAGUCCCACCAGGGCUUGCUGUCACCACAGCUGAUUGGCACUAACAGCAAGCCUCAUUUAAAAAGGAAAGGCACUUUAAAGCUGUCAGUUGUUCCUUCACAUGACAUCAGGUGUGGGGUGGAUGAGCAUGGUUUGGGAAAACAGGCUCACAGACCAAAUUGGGACCCAUGCAGGGCCUGCUAUAGAGAGGACUUUGUAGAUAAGGCAAGGAAACUGUGUUUGCAUUCCUUUCAGCUUUUUUUAAAAAAAAAUUCAUAUUCUGCAAUAUCGGUAUUUUUUCAGACACGUUUUUGCUGUUGCAAUGAACCUUUCUUUCUUUCUUUCUUUCUUUCUUUCUUUCUUUCUUUCUUUCUUUCUUUCUUUUUCCUUCCUUCCUUCCUUCCGUCCUUCCUUCCUUCUUUCAACUAAAUGAUGGUUGUUAUUUGAAAAUAAGGGAGAUAGUUUGAUUUUCUUUUAAAUAAUGUAUUGACUUAGGAGAUCUUCAUCCUCCCCUUCAUCAUUCUUGACCCCAGGGUGGGUGUAUUCCUUUGGGGCUUCUCCUUUUUUUAAGUACUCUCAGUUAAGUAUUUCUUUUUUAACCACUUUUUAAAACAAUAUUAUAUAUUUGUAUUUUUAGAAAGCAGAGGCAUGUACAGAAGAAGACCCAUCUAAGCAAGGUAGGAACAAAUGUGCCAGUCAACUUUCAACGUUUAACUUUUACCUGUUUGCUUCUAGAAACAUUGCAUAAUGUUGACUUCAAAUAAGAGCUGUGUUUUAUUUCCUAAGAAACCAUAGCUCUUCAAGCAUCAGCAAUUGUUUGCAUCAACCUUUUCUAUCAAGGGCUUAUAUGCAGGCUAAUUGUCUGCUCUUGUUCUUAGGAGAAAGUGGUUGCCGUCUUAAGCUCACUUAAUAAGAAUUAAGUUCCAUUGGACUUGGUGGGAUUGGCUUCUGAAUAAACAUGCAUAGGGUUGCACUGUGUGUGCAUUCUGAUAAAGAGUCAGCAGUUAGCUAAAUUAUCAGUUGUGUUGGCCUUCUGAAAAUCUUUGUCAUAAUCUAGUUUAGUUUAGUUUUUUAAAAAGUAAUAAUCUAGGCAUCUAAAUAGAAUCGAAAAAUGUGCUUUUUGUUCAGCAGCAUUAAGUUCUUUGUAUAUAAAUCAAUCCAUGGGAUUGCUCACUAAAUACAACCCAGUUUUAGUUACAAGUUAGCACACUAAUUUAACUACCAGCAUCAUGUCGUAAUUGACACCAAGUAUUUCCAACACAUUUUGGGACACAAGAAGAUAAGAAUCGUGGCUACUGAAGAUACUAUCUGUCCUCCUGAUUCUAAUGUAGACAUGAUACAGGUUGGCAGAUUGACAGGCAAGAACAGUCACCUGGGUUAAACCAUUGUGGGAACCCUCACUCACCCUGCUUUGUACUUCAAGUGUAUUUGGCUGGCUGGAGUGUGCCCUUGAACUCUCAUAAUGCCUCGUGCUUGGAGGGUAGAGAGGGGUGUGUGAGUUUGUGAGUGUAGAAACUAGCGUACGGUAGAUUCUUACACAAGAACACCUUCUUUCAUUCAUCUGGUGCAAUAUUUUAUCCUUUCUAGAAUUCGCUGCAUAGACAGUUGCUAGGAGGGAGUGGUGCUGAUUGCUUCCAGACUAUUUUACAUGUAUGUCUUCCCUGCUUUGUAUUAAUUGAUGUAAUUCUCUCUGUGUUGACUGACAGUUCCGUGGGUCAAUAAACAAGAUCCUUUGUUUUAGUGAGCCAUUUGCUUUAGCUCGUCUUCCUUUCACGUACCUGCCCAAAUGAUAAAUUGAUAUCAUGGAUGAAUUAAGGAUAGCCCUUGCUGGGUGGAAUUGUCAGAUUUGUUUUUUCCUAGGUGGUCACUAAUAUAGUCUUAAUUUUACAGUUUACUACAGAAGAGUUAUGUGCCCCUUUGUCCUUGCCACGCUGUCAUUGUGGUUUGUGUCAGCUAGAAAAAGAACUGAACUCUGCCAGUUUUAAAAGGAGAGACAAAACAUUGUUAAUGCCAAUUUGUAUUAACUGCAUAGAGUUCUAAGCCUUUUUCAGGAAACUUUCAGCAAAUACAGCAAGCUGUCUUAGAUCUUGUUUCAGCCUGCAUUGUUGUAAUUUUUCAAAUGGAAAAAAGCAGGAUACUAGAAGUUUCCUUACAAAUGUUUUACCUAUUUCUAAGUAUGAAAAAAAUGUAUUGCUAUCUGCUUUUCAUCAUGCAAGUAAAAACAAAGAUUCAAAUAAACUUAUAAUUCCUGAGGGUGGGGAGAAAAAAGAGAAUCCUUGAGUUUUCAUUCCAGCUAACUCUCAGGAACUUCUUGUUAAAUAUUUUUUAGUGCAUUUGUCCCUGCUUGAAUACCAAAUAAGCACCAAACACCAAAUAAUACAUUAAAGUCCUGAUCCUGCAUGAACUGCUGAGUUUUAUAGUUCCCAUACAGGCUGAAACUUUAAGAUCUGAGCUGCAUAACAAUAGGGCUUGUUUUUUAGAGAUCCUUUAAGUGUCAGUUUGCAGAGCCAACUUAACUACAAUUGUCUCUUAAGUGGUACACAAGAAAUAAAAUAUGGGAAAGAUAAACAGUUGGUUAAACCUAUAAAACCAGAUGUCAAUUAAAUGCUUGUUAUAAUAAUAAAAAAGGUCUUCUGUAGUCCCUGGAAGUUCAACAAGUGAUCUGAUCACAAGUAGAAGGGAAUUCCACAGAAUUGAGCCCACUACUCAUCAUCCUGGAAAAAGGUGACUAGUGAGGGACUGCAGGAUUCUAGCCUGGUCCCAUUGUUGUUAAACGGCUGUAUAAAUGACUUGCCUGAAGGUAUUGAGGGGAUGCUUACCAAAUUUGCAGAUGACACAAGACUGGGAGGGUUGGCCAAUGCCACAGACGAUUCAAGAAGACCUUAACAGAUUGGAGAAGUGGGCCCAAACUAACAAAAUGAAUUCAGAUAAGGAGAAAUGUAUGGUUCUACACUUAGUCAGGAAGAACCAGCUGCACCAAUAUAAGAUGGGGGACAUCUGGCUUGCCAGUAGUACAGUACAUGCGAAAAAGGAUCCAGGGGUCUUGGUAGACCAUAAGCAGCAGAAAAAAAUUCUAAUACUAUUCUAGGCUGCAUCUACUGAAAUAUAGUGUCCAGAUCAAGGGAAGUCAUAGUACCACUCUAUUCCACCUUGGUCAGACCACACCUGGAGUACUGUGUCCAGUUCUGGGUGCCGCAGUUUAAGAAGACUAUUGACAAGCUGGAAUGUAUGCAGAGCAGAGUGAUCAAAAUGUUCAAGUAUCUGGAAACCAAGCCUUAUGAAGCAUGAAUGAGGGAGUCUGGUAUGUUUGGCGUUGUAAAGAGGAGAUUGAUAGGAGGUAUCAUGUUGUUGUUGUUUGAUUGUUUAGUCGUGUCCAACUCUUUGUGACCCCAUGGACCAGAGCACGCCAGGCACUCCUGUCUUCCACUGCCACCUGCAGUUUGGUCAAACUCAUGCUGGUAGCUUUGAGAACACUGUCCACCCAUCUCGUCCUCUGUCAUCCCCUUCUCCUUGUGCCCUCCAUCUUUCAUGUCCACCUACUCCCGGUUUUCUAUCCCCUCUCACACCAGUUUUGGUGUGUUUUAUUUUUGGUUAUAAGAUCUGUGAUAUGGAACUGGGAGGAGCUGCAAUAUAUUGAAUUAGACCAUUCAUCUGUCACACUCACUGUUGUCUACAUUGAUUGGCAGUGGCUAUCUGGGGUUUCCAACAGGAUUUCCCCAGCUCUUUCUGGAGAUGCCGUGGAAUGAACCUGGGAUCUGUUGUGUCUUUAUUCUAUUUAUAGACUGCCCUUUGUCUAAAACCAUAGGGUGGUUUUAUAGCACACUAAAGCAAAACAAUAUACUUAAACUAAUUAAACCACAAUACAUCAAAGCAAGCCAUGGAGCAGCCAUUACAACAAACUCAGCCCCCAGGAACACAGCAAUGGAAGAUCCAAUGGCCUGGGUGAAUAAUGAAGUCUGUGUUCUGCCACUGUGCUAUGGUAACUCAGUUGUGCAUCAAAAGAGAGAGGGAGGAUUAUUCUGCUAUGUGGAGAUACUCUUAGCAGCACAGAACAUUCCUCUGUUCCAAUGCAGCUCAGAUAUCUUAGGGAACCUUAUGGGAUGGGUCAUGUUUGUUGUUUUCUUGCUUUGAUGGAGAAUACCCUGCCUUCUGUUGCCUGUAAGAUUUUUAGACAAAACAAUUUACAUGCCCACCAACAUUAUACUCAUUCUUCUGUUAUAAGUGUCUGGAUCCCAAUGAGAACAACAACUAAGAAUAGAUAUGAGUUAAAUAAAAAUAAAAUUCUUGAGGUUUGGCUGUCUAGUUUUAGCUUUACUGAUUAAUUGCCUCCAUGUUUAAGAUGAAUGGCUCAUGACUUUAAGGUUGUGUUGGCUGAAUUAGUCGGAUGUGGGACUUUGAAAAUGGCAGCUAAUUUGUUGGGUUAUUUUCAGAGUGUGAAACUGCAGUGGCUUGCGUCACAAACAAUUCUUCAGGACCAAUCGCAGACAGUGAUGAGGACAAGACAAAACUACCGCAGAAGGCAAAAAGGGUAAAAAAAGAUUUUUUUUGCAUGUCAUCCUGGAUAACUUGACCCCCAACAGAAGGAAAGUGUUAUUAUUAAACCUGACAAGCACCUGAAACCAUGUUUAGAACUUUCUGUCCUAUUCAUUGGGCCUUAAAGGUACCCCUGGCCGUUAGGUCCAGUCCCGGACGAUUCUGGGCUUGUGCGCUCAUCUCGCUCUAUAAGCCAAGGGAGCCGGCGUUUGUUCGCAGACAGCUUCAGGGUCAUGUGGCCAGCAUGACUAAGCCGCUUCUGGCGAACCAGAGCAGCGCACGGAAACGCCGUUUACCUUCUUGCCGGAGCGGUACCUAUUUAUCUACUUGCACUUUGACGUGCUUUCGAACUGCUAUGUUGGCAGGAGCAGGGACCGAGCAACGAGAGCUCACCCAUCGCGGGGAUUCAAACCGCUGACCUUCUGAUCGGCAAGCCCUAGGCUGUGUGGUUUAGACCACAGCGCCACCCGGACCCCUUUCACUGGGCCUUAUUCCCAAGUAAAUGAGUAUAGGUUUGCAACCUCAAUGUAUACUUUUACUAAUCGUUGUACACAGUGCAGUAGGGUGUGCAAUCUGCAGGAUGCUUGGUGAGCAAAUAGUGAAGAUGGGGAAGGAUCAGUAAUGGCUCUGGACAGAUGCAUUUGGGGUACAGAUAUUAAAAUAGGGUUUUAAUGGAACAAAUCAACAUCUUCCCAAGAAAUACCAAAGUACUUUUUCUCAAGGUUAUCAUGGUUUUUCACCCUCUUGAAUGUGCCUGGGCAUUCCGAAACCUAGCAAAAUGUAAAACAAGACAGUUUUCUUCUAAGCUAAUAUUUUCUAAAGGGUGGGAGAGGCAGCGUUAUUUUGACUACAGUGACAAAUAAACAUAUAAAAUCAUUUAUGCCCAUUAAACUCUUGUUUUUAAACAAGGCAGCAUGGCUUUUUUGUGUCUCUGUGUACUUCGAUUUCUGAUACAUGACAAUUAUGGAUAAUAUUAAUGGCAGUCAAGCUUCUGGUUGGGUUACUUAUGCAUAACCCAGUGCUAUUUCCAAGUGUGUAUGUUUAGAAUAGGGAUAUUGGUUUGCAGUCUUUCUGGGAACGGAGACUGUGGCGUCUGUGUUCAGUGCCUAGCAGUACAUUGCUACUAAAUAUCAAACCACAGUAGUCUAAUCUGGAGUGUUUCUAUACAUUGUGCUACAGUGGUGCCUCGCAAGACGAAAUUAAUCCGUUCUGCGAGUCUCUUCGUCUUGCGGUUUUUUCGUCUUGCGAAGCACGGCUAUUAGCGGCUUAGCGGCUAUUAACAGCUUAGCGGCUAUUAACGGCUUAGCGGCUUUAAGAAAAAGGAAACAAACUCGCAAGAACUCACAAGAUGUUUCGUCUUGCGAAGCAAGCCCAUUGGGAAAUUCGUCUUGCGGAACGACUCAAAAAACGCAAAACCCUUUCGUCUAGCGAGUUUUUCGUCUUGCGAGGCAUUCGUCUUGCGGGGCACCACUGUAAUUGUUCUUUUUUUGAGCAGUAUAUAUAACCUGUUAUUAUAUAAAGUUGCUAGCCUUUUUUUUUUUUUUUACUAAAUUAUCUUAACGAAGAACCAAUUCAACAUGCAGAAAUAGCAUGUGGCAGAACACUCUAAAGUUUAGACUAUGUAACUUCAGACUGCAGGUGGAGGGUUUUUGAAUGCUCUUUAAAAAAAAAAAAGAUGGCACAUUGAAAAAUCAUGUCAAGAACCAAGGUUUGAGCAUAGUCUCAGAUGUGCUAAUUUGUUAUGUGUGGAGCAAGGGAGGUUAAUGAAGGAACAUCGAAAAGAUGUAUUCAUGAUCCUGUAGUCAAAAUUAGUACUUAUGGGAAAAUCUGCACCAUAUUUGCAUACCUUAAUAAGUUGAAAGUAUUGUCUAGCUUGUUUGCAUGAUCUGUGAAUUGUCAAGAUGCUUUGCCCUUGUAUGAAACUUUAGAUGGCUCAAAUCCAAGUUUCUUCCAAGUAUGUGUUCUCAGGAUGGGAGUUAAUCACUGUUUCUCCCUUGGAAAACGAUGGGUGCAGCUUAUUUAGAUAAGAUAAAUUUGCAACCAAGAGUACUACAGACUGAAUUAGUUGUUCAGUCUGAAAGCAGCAAAUGUUUCUGUUGACAUAUCUCCAUUUAUUUUUGAGCAUAAUCUUUUGCAGUCUACUUGGAUGUUGUAAACAAACAUCUGUUCUCAAUUAUCAUAAGUUGCAUAAUGCUUUGUUGUUUGUGUUACAAUAAUUCAUUAGGAAUGUUUCUUCUUCAUCCUGCUUCUAUUGGCAAUAGUCCUAGCACAGUUAACUGGUUUAAGAUUGCAGUACUGUGUUAUGCUUUCUGCAAGACUUACUUGGAAGUAAGCCCUGCUUAACUCAGUGGAACUUAAAUUCUGAAAAAAACAUUGAUCAAGAUGCAGAUAUUUGGGUCAAACUUGCAAUCAUCUCUCUAGAUAUAAACAUUUUGUUUCAUAUUAUGUCCAGAUAAGUAAAAAGUUGUGCAUGCAGACUCCUUUUUCUGCCUUAAAAGAAUUGUCAAACAUACUCAAUAGUUUUCAAAAUAGUUAAUAAUUGUAUGUGGGUUUUGUUUUUCUAUGUGUGUUUUAGUUUUCUUUUUUUAAACGAAAGACUUCAAAGCAGAAGAAUGCACACAGCUGUGAUGAAAACAAACUUGAAAAUCUUCCUCACAGUGAGCAGGAAACUGGCAAUCAAGGAGACUUACCUAAAGAAAAGAGUAAAGACGAAAAUCAGAACCAUGCUGAAGAAAAUCAAAAGGAGGCACCACAUCAGGCCAAAAAGACGUCCUCUACCUGUGUAAUACUUUGAUGCUUAAAUUUAUAAGGCUUGCAUAAAUGUGGUGUCAUAACUGGCAGCUUGCAAGCAGAUACUGCAAUUUAUACUUGAAAAUGAUAAUGGCAGAUAUAUAAUGAUCAUAUUGAUGGAUUUUUUUUGUAAAAUUAGCAUGUUUCAACUGAUUUGCAUUGAUUUUGGACCAACUUCCUAGUAUUUAUUUGUAUUAAUAUUUUUAGUUACUGCAACAAAGAUGAGUAUCACAGUCCUACUGAAAUGUUGUGGCCUUAACUCUGUGUUUUAAUAAAAAAUAUAUAUUUUUGUACUUCAAA